AUGAAAGCCAAGGUCUCCGCAGGUGUCAAUGACCGCAGUAGCUGGCUCGCGUGUACUGUCAUGGGACGGCCAGGCUCGGUUAGCAGCCUGCACUCUUACGACCUUCCCUCGCUGUCAUCGUCGUCACGAACCAACUUUGCCGCGUCUGGCGGAGCACUGAUCAGUGCGACAGGGAGCGGGUUCGGAGUGCAUGGCGUGAGUCCGAUGAUAGCCGUCGGGGACACGUACGCGAGCAGCAACGUCUGGGUCUCAGAGACCGCCAUGAGGGGUCGGCUGGCACCAGGGGUAGGGGCGGAGCUUCCCAUGAGAGCGCUGGUAGGGUGCUGCACGACGGGCACGAGCACCCAGGUGUUCUCGUUCGACAAGCCCACGGUCAGCAGCAUUCAGCCUGCGUACGCAGCGACGACAGGUCUAGCAUUGCUGUAUCUAGCGGGCAGGAACUUUGGCACCUUCGACAGCACGGUGUCGAUAAGCGUAGGAGACACCAAGUGCACGGAGAGCACGUAUGUAAGCAAUCUUGUCUUGUCUUGUCUUGUGUCGCCAGGAGUGGGAGCCAGCCAAACUGUACGGGCUACCGUGGGAGGUCAGGUAGCCGAGUCGCCGGUGCUGUUCUCGUACAUGGGGCCGACGGUGCUUGGGAUAGGGAAGGAACUUCGGGAGCUUUGA